AUGCAGUUCUCCAAGUCUCUUAUGCUGCUGGCAGCUUUCACUACCGGUGUCUUCGCCCGUCCUCAGGGUAACGCCCGUCGCCAGGCUACCGCUACCACCGCCGCCGCCUCUUCUUCCUGGACCGCCGUCCCCUCCACCAGCAGCUACGCUACCUCCGGCUUUGGCGCUAGCACCAGCUCCACCGGCAGCGGCGAUACCUACGAGGGCAACGUCGGUAACCCCUACGGCAGCAACAUCAUCGAGGUGUCUGCUUCCGAUGCUAGCUCCUACGAGUACGUCGUUCAGUUCACCGGCUCCAACACCGAUGACUGGACCGUCGUCAUCUGGAACAAGUACAGCUCCGACGGCACCAUGGACGGCUGGUACGGCAAGGCUUGCCACACUUUCACUCUCUCCGCUGGUCAGACUGUCUACUACGCUUUCGAUACCGAUUCCCAGGGUGGCUGGGCUGCCGCUGAGGGUACCACUAUCCCUACCAACAGCUUGGGUUCCUAUGCCUCUACCUGGGGUGAGUUCGACUUUGGCUCCACUUCCAACAGCGGCUGGUCUGGCUUUGAUGUCUCUGCUAUCCAGGCCCAGAACGCCGGUCUUACCGUUCAGGGUAUGCAGAUCUGUGAUGCUCUUGGCUCCACUUGCUCUUCCAUUACUACCGAUGCUGGUACUGUCUCCAACGCCUACACUAGCGCUGAGACUGAUGUCGGUGGUAUUGGUGGUAACAUCUCCUCUGGCCCUGUUCGUCUCGCUGUCGUCAUUGACUACAGCGGUUAA